AUGGACACAUUUGACAGCUCCAUAGAGGACUGGUCAAUUUAUGUUGAAAGAUUUGACCAGUACUGCCUUGCUAACGGGAUAGAGGAUGAGAGGAAAGUCGCGGUUCUUCUGAGUCUCAUGGGAGCGAAGACGUAUAACCUCCUCCGCAGCCUCAUCGCACCAGCCAAACCCGCAGACAAAACUAUUGAGGAGAUUACAAGAACACUCAAAAAUCAUUUGAAUCCAGCACCGCUAGUGAUCGCGGAGCGCUUCAGAUUCCAUAAGAGAAACCAAGCAAAGACUGAGACAGUGUCAGAGUACAUCGCAGAUCUGCGAAGACUGGCGGAACAUUGUCAGUUCGGAGAGGGACUAUCUGACGCACUGAGAGACCGGUUCGUCUGUGGUCUGCAUAACGAGAGUACACAAAAACGCCUUUUAACAGAAGAAAGGCUCACCUUACUGCGUGCGGUGGAUAUCGCUGUGUCAGUGGAAACCGCAGCAAGAGACGCCACUGAACUACAAGGUGUGGAACCUAAUGUCGUCUGGCGCAGACAUAUCGAUCAACUUUUGGAUGCAUCACCUGGAAAAGACGCAAACCCACCAGUGACACCAACUGUCCCAAGUCAAAAGGACAGUACAUUACCACCAGACAUGACAGUGGAAACCAACUCCACACCAGAAACUAUGGACUGUCCCAGACUUGUCAUAAACCUGUCUGAUCCUCCGGGACGCAGAUAUCCUGAGAGGCACCGCAAACCUCCUGACAGACUUGGUUCAUAG